ACCUUGGUGCGAGUUCUCGCGAGAUUGUCGGGGAGAUGGCGGGUGGCCGCCUGGUACCUGAGGGUCGCCUGAGUGCCGGCUGCUUCGCGCUCGGGGUGUCAGUCACUUUGGUGCCGGGGCUGAGUGGCACCCAGUCUGGUUUCAUCACCCGCGUACUGCUCGCUAUUUACCUGGCCUUCAUUAACGUCUUGUUACUGCUGUUAUACCGGGGGCUCCAUUACCAGGUUGCAGUGAGGGCUUGUUUCCUCGGCUUUGUUUGUGGCUGUGGUUUGUUACUGAGCUUUGGAGGAUCAUCAUGGCAGCACUUUGGCUGGUACUUGUGCUCUCUGAGUUUUUUUCACUAUUCAGAAUAUCUGGUGACUGCAGUUAUCAAUCCCAAGUCUCUCUCUCUGGAUUCCUUCCUGUUAAAUCAUAGCAUGGCAUACACACUUGCAGCUAUGUCAUCCUGGGUGGAAUUCACAAUCGAGAAACUUCUCUUUCCAGGUCUGAAACAGAUUACGUGGCUCAGUUUCUUGGGUUUGCUGAUGGUUCUCAUUGGCGAAUCUCUACGUAAGGCUGCCAUGUUAACAGCUGGGUCAAAUUUCAAUCAUAUUGUACAGAAUGAGAAGGCUGAAAGCCACCGGCUUGUCACCAAUGGCGUCUACUCUUGGUCGAGGCAUCCUUCCUAUGUGGGCUGGUUCUACUGGAGUAUUGGCACUCAGGUAAUUUUGUGUAACCCCAUCUGCAUUGUAGGAUAUACGUUGGCUUCAUGGCAUUUCUUUUGUGAGCGAAUCGAGGAAGAGGAGAUUACUCUGAUUCAGUUUUUUGGCAAAGACUAUGAGCAGUACAAGAAGCGGAUUCCAACACGGCUUCCCUUCAUCAAAGGUGCCAAAAUAGAUCCAUGAUGUUCGACGAUGUGGGAGAGGGAAAUGCACAAUCAAACGGACCGUGAAUACAUGGGCUACCGUUUAAUCCUUAGUACCUGAAUAUUGUUUGAUUUCAGCUUUGAAAAGAAUUCCACAGCUGUUGCUGUUGAGAAUAUGUUAGCUAGCUUCUCACUGUUAGAGCAAGGAAGUGGUGCUGCAGGGGACAAUGAGUUAUGAAUGGUGGGAACCAGAAACAUUGCGAAUUGUAGAGGCCACUUGCUGCAGCUAUUGCUAUGACAAAGCCAUUUGUUAUAAACUUGGUACUUCUCAUAAAGACUGUUCUUUUUUGACCAAAAAAAAGUCCACUGAGGGCUGCUUUAUACUGUGUAGGGAUGCAGCAGUAUUGCAAUAUACGAACACACUUUAUCAGGAAAGUAAAUUCCAUAAUUUACUGUUAACAGAGGAUAAUCAUGAUUUGUAGAAAACUGGGUCAGUUGCUUUUUGUUUUAUCUGGACCAAAACUUGUUGCAUCUUAUUUAGGAAGAUGCUAAAAUUAGUGAUAUUCUGCAUUGAACUUUUUUUUAAAAAUGACUAUCAAGAUCAGUUUUCCUCCUUUGUUCCAGUUAAACAUACAACCAGGCUAAUAACAUGCAAGUUUCCAAUGCUAAAGGACCUUCGUGAACAUAUUGCGUGAUAUUUCUACUAGCUAUGGGUCAAUUUUUCACAAUCUACAACAUUUGAGUCAAAUUGGCAAAUACAUUGCCAUUUUCAGUGAAGAGAAGUGAACUGGGGAUUGGUGAUAUUGGUGUAAUCAAGAGUGCCCUUUUGAAUGUUUUGCUGAGACAUAUUGAAUUGUGUAGAGAGAGCUGUAUCUAAUACGUGCUGUACUAGUCCUGGGAGUAUUUGAGGGGGCCAUCUAUAAGAACCUUUGUUCUAUAUUUAACCCAUAUGGUAUCUGACCUGAUCAACUACUUGAUGAUUCCAGGUACUUGAAAUGAAUGUGUCCCAUUGCCCAGCACAUCCCUCAACUUCAUGAGAAAAAUGCACACAAAUAAAUUUCCUCAUUCUAUUGAGUACAAUUUGAUUACCUCUGCACUGUUGGAAAGGGAAGGGGAAAGCUUUAAUUUACUUAAAUAUGAUAAGUAAAAACUGUAAAUGCUGGAAUUCUGAAAUAAAAUGGGUGCUUACCUGAAA